AUGGCCAGCGCACGUGGCGAGCGAGAAGGGACCAGCAAGGUAUCUACAGCAGGAGAUUCCUCCUCUUCAUCGUCGCUGUUGUCAUUCAGUUUUUAUAGAUACCUAGAGAGAGAUUGGCAUAUCAUGCAAGUGAAGUUUCACACUCACAAACAGGUCAAUGUUAGUCACAAACUGAUCAAUGUUAGUCACAAACACAUCAAUGUUAGUCACAAACAGAGCAAUGUUAGUUACAAACAGAUCAAUGUUAGUCACAAACUGAUAAAUGUUAGUCACAAACAGAGCAAUGUUAGUCAAAAACAGAUCAAUGCUAGUCACAAACAGAGCAAUGUUAGUUACAAAGAGAGCAAUGUUAGUUACAAACAGAUCAAUUUUAGUCACAAACUGAUCAAUGUUAGUCACAAACACAUCAAUGUUAGUCACAAACAGAGCAAUGUUAGUUACAAACAGAGCAAUGUUAGUUACAAACAGAUCAAUGUUAGUCACAAACUGAUCAAUGUUAGUCACAAUCUGAUAAAUGUUAGUCAAAAACAGAUCAAUGUUAGUCACAAACAGAUCAAUGUUAGUCAAAUUCAGAUCAUUGCUAGUCACAAACAGAUCAAUGUUAGUCACAAACAGAUCAAUGUUAGUCACAAACAGAGCAAUGUUAGUUACAAACAGAGCAAUGCUAGUUACAAACAGAUCAAUGUUAGUUACAAACAGAUCAAUGUUAGUUACAAACAGAUCAAUGUUAGUCACAAACAGAUCAAUGUUAGUCACAAACAGAGCAAUGUUAGUUACAAACAGAUCAAUGUUAGUCACAAACAGAUCAAUGUUAGUCACAAACAGAUCAAUGUUAGUCAAAUUCAGAUCAUUGCUAGUCACAAACAGAUCAAUGUUAGUCACAAACAGAUCAAUGUUAGUCACAAACUGAUCAAUGUUAGUCAAAAACAGAUCAAUGUUAGUCAAAAACAGAGCAAUGUUAGUUACAAACAGAGCAAUGGUAGUCAAAAACAGAGCAAUGUUAGUCACAAACAGAUCAAUAUGAGUCACAAACAGAGCAAUGUUAGUUACAAACAGAGCAAUGCUAGUUACAAACAGAUCAAUGUUAGUUACAAACAGAGCAAUGUUAGUCACAAACAGAUCAAUGUUAGUUACAAACAGAUCAAUGUUAGUUACAAACAGAUCAAUGUUAGUCACAAACUGAUCAAUGUUAGUCAAAAACAGAUCAAUGUUAGUCAAAAACAGAGCAAUGUUAGUUACAAACAGAGCAAUGCUAGUUACAAACAGAUCAAUGUUAGUCACAAACAGAUCAAUGUUAGUCACAAAUUGAUAAAUGUUAGUCACAAACACAGCAAUGUUAGUCAAAAACAGAUUAAUGCUAGUCACAAACAGAGCAAUGUUAGUUACAAACAGAGCAAUGUUAGUUACAAACAGAUCAAUUUUAGUCACAAACUGAUCAAUGUUAGUCACAAACUGAUCAAUGUUAGUCACAAACAGAGCAAUGUUAGUUACAAACAGAGCAAUGUUAGUCAAAAACAGAGCAAUGUUAGUCACAAACAGAUCAAUAUUAGUCACAAACAGAGCAAUGUUAGUUACAAACAGAGCAAUGCUAGUUACAAACAGAUCAAUCCCCCUACCCAAAACUACACACUACAUUAUGACCGGCCCCCUAACCAAAACUACACACUACAUUAUGACCAAUCCCCUAACCAAAACUACACACUACAUUAUGACCAGCCCCCUACUCAAAACUACACACUACAUUAUGACCAGCCCCCUACCCAAAACUACACACUACAUUAUGACCAGCCCCCUACCCAAAAGCUGUGUACUUCGAAAACAUUCCGCUGA